AUGGCAUCAACGACUCAGCCCCCGGCCAUGCCAUCGACCAUGCGCGCCUGGGUGCGCCCGCGGCGCGGCCCCGCGCGUGGUACACUCGAGCUGGCCACCUUGCCCACGCCGGCCGUGCCGACGGGCUUGUCGCCCGACGUGAUGAUCCGCGUGUCGCACGUGUCGUUGCAAUUCAGUACCGAGAUGACCAUGAAGAUGCUGCCCAACCUGCCCUUCACCGGCCCGUGGAUCCCGGAGAUCGAGCUGUCCGGCGAGGUGGUAGCGGCGGGUGAGGGUGCGCCGGCCGAGGUGCGCGACCCGGGCACGUACGUUGUCGCCUUCCAGAGCAUCCCUGGCGCCGUGCUCAUGGGCCAUGGCGUGAUGGCUGAAUACGUGCGACUGUCUGGCAGCCAGGUCGCGCGCAUCGACCCCGCGGUCGAUCUGGCGUCGGCCUCGGGCAUCAACGGCGCCGGCAGCACCGCGCUCAAGAUGAUCCGCACAGCUGGCGUGCGUGAGGGCCAUACGGUGCUCGUGAAUGGGGCCAGCGGCUCGGUUGGUUCAGUGCUCGUGCAGCUUUGCAGAAUCCGUGGCGCCAAGGUGGUCGGCGUGGCCAGCGGGGGCAACGAGGCCAUGGUGCGCGGCCUAGGCGUAGACGAGUUUAUCGAUUACCACAAGCAUGAUCCGCUACCGGCCUACCUAGCGCAACAGUACGGUGACAACCCAUUUGACUUUGUGCUCGACUGCGUCGGCACACAGGCGCUCUUUGUCAACUCGCCAGCCUAUCUUAAGGCCGAGGGCGCGGUGGUCAACAUUGGCAUGCUCGAGGGCAUCGGUGUGACGACGCGCAACGUGCUGUUCAACAGCUGGCUGCCCACUUGGCUGGGCGGCGUACCGCGCCGCUACAUUAUAUUCAGCACGCCACCGGCGCGCGACGACGCCGUUUAUGUGGCGCGCCUAAUCGAGGAGGGCCGCAUGCGCAUUCCUGUCGACUCCGUCUUCGACAUGGAGGACGCGGUGAGCGCCUAUGAGCGCAUCGCCAGCAAGCGCGCGCGCGGCAAGGUCGUGGUCAAGGUGCGCAGUGAUUAG